AUGGUCUUCCUACCCAGCCGCUCCUUCCGUCGUCGUCGCCGCUCUCUCUUCACCCUUCUUCUAAUAAGCUUCGUUCUCUUCCUCCUCGAUACGACGCUUCUCUUUACCUCUCAUGUCCCACCGCAAAGGACAGAUAAGUUAAGUCCCGGCCUGGUUGGAGAGAAGAUCUAUAUUGCGUCCAUACAUCGUAAUUCGGAAUAUAUUUUGAGAUGGUAUUGGAAUGAGGCGCUUGUGGAUCUUUGUCGGUUUUUGGGGCCGCAGAAUGUGUUUGUUUCGAUUGUGGAGAGUGGGAGUCAGGUGGGUUUUUGUUUCUUUUUUUUGCUUGUUUUUUCUUUCCUUUUUGGGGGGGGAGGAGGGGGGAUGGAAGUUGGGUGAGACGAGGAGGGACUGGAAGUCUGGAUGUUUGAUGGGUGAGAGUGCGAGUGCUGACGAAGAAAUGGGAUCUAGGAGAAUACCAAGGAUGCAUUAUCUGAUUUGAAGGAAAUGCUUGAUGCUAUUGGGGUACAGAAUAGAAUUCAGCUCGGAGAGACUGUCAAAGAGCAGAUUUGGGGGAUCGAACAUCCGCCUGCAGGAGAGAAGAAGGGGUGGGUGGAGACUGGGAGGGGAGAGACUGGUUGGGAGAAGAGGAGGAUUAGGUGGGUUUAAUCCUGAGGUUUUCUCUUGGACCUCAAAUUAUUUCAAAUGUUGGAAUGUAGGCUAAUGGUGAGACUCUGAUUUAGUGCUUUAGCGGAGACGAGGAAUAAAGCCAUGGAGCCUCUUGUUAAUGAUGAGAGUAGGCAGUGGGAUAGGGUUUUGUGGAUUAAUGAUGUUACUUUUACUGUGAGUCUUGUGCGACGAUCUUUCGUACCACGGAUAGGUAGUGAAAGGAGGGGUCAUCACGUGGCACUUCCCCUUUCCAUCACAUCCAAUUCCUCAUCUAUACAUACAUCACAUUUCCAUGAUAUUAAAAACUAACUCCCCUCUCAAGAACGAAGACAUCGCAACCCUCCUCUCCACCCGCGACGGAAAGUACGCAGCAGCCUGCUCCCUAGACUUCCAAAACAACGCCCAAACAUAGUACCACCCCUUCCAUCCCCCCUUUACGCACCCCUCGCUAAGACACAACCAGCUACGACACCUUCGCCCUCCGCGACUCCUCCGGCAACCCCACAAUCUCAACCCACUACCCCUUCUUCGCCUCCAAAGCCUCUCUAAAAGCUCUCUACGCACUACUCCCCAUCCCCGUGCAAUCCUGCUGGAACGGCAUCGUUGCCUUCGACGCAACCCCCUUCUACCCCCCUAUCUCCUCCCUCUCCCUCUCCUCUUCUCACCAACAAAAAAAACCAGAGAAGCCCCUCACCUUCCGCGCCAUUCCCGACAGCCUAGCACAAACCCACCUCGAAGCCAGCGAAUGCUGUCUCAUCCACACCGAUAACCCACUCUCCCUCUCCCACGGCGUUUUUCUGAAUCCCAACGUCAGAGUCUCGUAUAAUGAGUCUACGUACCCGCUUGUGAACCCCGUGACCAAGUGGCCCGAGGCGUUGGGACGGCAUGAGGCUGCGAUGGAGAAUUUUUUGAGGAGGGAGAGGGGAGGGGAGGGGGAUGCGAGGAGGAGUGGGGGGUGGCCG